AUGCCGGCCAGUUUGUGCGAUUCCCCCAUUGGCGGCUCUGACCUGCAUUACGUCCAGAUGCAGGCUACCAAGCCGAUGGAGGAUCAGCCAAAGAUCGCCAGCAAGCUCCUCCCUCUAGACCCCAAAGACUCUUCCGUGCUCGACGUCUUGGUCGUCGGCUGUGGGCCGGCGGGGCUCUCUAUCGCGGCUGAGUGCGCCAAGCGCGGACUCACGGUGGGACUCGUUGGCAGAGAUGCUCCUUUCGUCAACAAUUACGGCGUCUGGCUCGACGAAUUCAAAGCCAUUGGAUUGGAGCACUGUAUCGAUCAAGUGUGGACCGACACUAUCCUAUACACGGACUCCGAUGUUCCCAUCACCACGGGGCGGGCGUAUGGCCGGGUAGAGCGCUCAAGACUCCACAACGAGCUCGUUCUGAGGUGCCAGCAGGCGGGGGUGCGGUAUGUGGAGAAGGAGGUGGAGAGCAUAGAUGACGCUGCGCGGAGCAGCACAGUGGCGUGCACUGAUGGCUCGUGCAUCAACAGCAGGCUCGUUGUGGUGGCGGCUGGAGCAGCUUCUGGGAAGUUUCUCGAGUACGACAAUGACAUGAGAGGCGUGGGCGUGCAAACAGCAUACGGCAUCGAAGUGGAGCUCGACUCAGCCUACCCGUACAACCCAGCCAGCAUGCUCUUCAUGGACUACCGGGACCUCAUACGCUCCCGUGAGGAGGAGGCAGCGGAGGGGGAGCUGUCUCAGCGCCCCAGCUUCCUCUACGCCAUGCCUUCCACCCCCACACGGGUGUUCUUCCAGGAGACGUGCCUGGCGUCCCGCCCUGCAAUGCCGUUUGACAUGCUCAAGACGCGCCUGCGCAGCCGACUUGCACAGCUGGGGGUGAAAUACUCCGUCACGCAUGAGGAGGAGUGGUCGUACAUUCCAGUGGGCGGCUCUCUCCCUCUCACCACGCAGCAGCACUUGGGCUUUGGUGCUGCUGCAUCCAUGAUCCAUCCCGCCACAGGCUACUCCAUCACUCGCUCUCUCACAGAAGCUCCCCACUACGCCACUGCCCUUGCUGCUGCUCUGCGCUCUCCCAGCCAAACUUCACUAGAAGCCGCGACUCAAGCGUGGGACCACCUGUGGUCAGCGGAGCGCAAGAGGCAGCAGUCCUUCAUGAUCUUUGGCCUCGAGCUCAUUCUGAAACUCGACGCACCGGCCACCCGAGAUUUCUUCAAUGCAUUCUUCAAGCUGCCCCCCAGGCUAUGGCGCGGCUUCCUGGCGUCCAACCUCUCCUCCCUCGACCUCCUUCUCUUCGCAUUCUCCACCUUCCUGGUCGCCUCCAACCCUCUCCGCUUCCGCCUCAUCCACCAUCUCAUCACCGACCCCAGCGGGGCAAACCUCAUCCGCACUUAUGCUGGAAUCACAAACCUCACCUUUCAACCCCUCUCCACCCCUCUCCACCCCUCUGUGCCCCUCUCCACCACUUUCUACCCCUUUGCACCCCACUUCACCCCUCUCCAUCCCUCAGGCUAUGGCGGGGCUUCCUGGCGUCCAACCUCUCCUCCCUCGACCUCCUUCUCUUCGCCUUCACCUUCCUGGUUGCUUCCAACCCUCUCCGCUUCCGCCUCAUCCACCUUCUCAAGACGGACCCCAGCGGGGCAAACCUCAUUCGCACUUAUGCUGGAAUCACAAACCUCACCUUUCAACCCCUCUCCACCCCUCUGUGCCCCUCUCCACCACUUUCUACCCCUUUGCACCCCACUUCACCCCUCUCCAUCCCUCAGGCUAUGGCGGGGCUUCCUGGCGUCCAACCUCUCCUCCCUCGACCUCCUUCUCUUCGCCUUCUCCACCUUCCUGGUCGCCUCCAACCCUCUCCGCUUCCGCCUCAUCCACCAUCUCAUCACCGACCCCAGCGGGGCAAACCUCAUCCGCACUUACGUUGGAAUCAAGAACCCUCCAGCUGAGAACCAUGAGUAG